AUGUUCAAGAUUAACACUAAUAUAGGCAUGCAUAUUCAGAAUGGUAUACUGCCUAACAUCAAGUGGGCGGCAAACUCCCCAUUUAAGCGUGCCCUCUACAACUUUGGAGUAAAAGAGAAGAAAAGUGUCAAUAUUGAAAUGGGGAGAGCGCAACAGAAUAAGAAAAUUGAUCAGUCGUUAUCUAAAAGACUUCCUAAAGGUACAAUCUAUGACCCGUUUGAUUUUUCCAUGGGCCGAAUUCAUCUGGAUAGAAAAUAUCAGGCAAAUAAGAGCGCUAGCAGAAAUGAUAUAAUGAAAUCCGGUGCAAACCCACUAGAGUUUUAUGCAAGACCAAGAAUACUUUCCAGAUAUGUCACCUCAACAGGGAGGAUCCAACAUAGGGACGUUACAGGCUUAUCGGCAAAAAAUCAGAGAAGACUAUCUAAAGCCAUAAGACGGUGCCAGGCAAUAGGAUUAAUGUAA